AUGGGCCCGCUCGACUACCAUUUCCACACUCCGCCGCCAUCCUCGACACACGGCACCUCUGGCUCGACCCCUCGCUCGAUGACGCCUGUGCCCUUGCUGGACUCGCCCUCCUUCGACCCACACCUCCCGCCCGCCAACCCCUACGCAGCAGGCUCCUCGUCAUCGGUCGUCCCAUCUCAACCCGCUCCGCCGCCUCAACAGCCCACACGAACAGCUUCCGGCCGAGCAAAGGGCCCACCGUUGAGGAGCCAGACGAUGGACGAUUCGUUCUAUGGCGGUCCUGGCGAACCGAGUGCCGUGACGAGGGGGUUGGUCCCGCCGCAACACGCUCAGGGUCAGUGGGGUGCUAUCGGACAAGGGUACGCCUCUUCUCCGCCCAAAAACUCUGGCUUCUACAACCAGGGCAACCACUCUUCCCCCUCUCUCGCCGUCGUCCCCGGCUCGCCCAGCUCCGUCCCGCCUUUACCCUCCCUCCCGGCCUCGAGCGUGAACGGCUCGACCUUCUCCCCCUUCGAUGUUCCGGACCUCCCUCGACUACCCGCUAUCGAUGACCUCAACCUUGGGAUCGAGAACAUGCGGUUCGAGCAGCGAGGGGCGGGGUCAAGAGGGAGCAGCGACCUGGCGCCUGGUGGGUCAGCGUCGGCGGGAAGGCGGUACAGCCCGAACGACAUUGGGUCCAUUGGACACGGACCGGACGGAGCGAUGGAGAUUCGGGGACGAGGAGAUGGAACGGCGAGCGUCUAUUCGGUCGAUAGCGGGCCUGGGCAUUCGUUUGGCGGAGGCGGGGCAGGAGCUGGUGGAUGGCCUGCAGGCGGUGUGCAUGCCAGGACGACGUCGGCGUCGUCGAGUCGGUACGGCGGCGCUUUCGACGCCCCGCUGUACGGCAAGCGAGACUCGCUCGGCGGAGUCGAAGGUUACGCGGACGUCGACGCGGGUCGACCACCGAGCAGCGGCAGCUACCUCCCCUACGACGACGCAUACGGCGGCCAAGCACCGACGUCCAACAUCCCUCAACCGCCUCACGCCGUCCCCGCGAUGCAGAACUCGCCCUACCCGGGUACAGGCGGCGACUACUUCGGUGGCUCUGGUGUCCCUCCUUCCCCUGUUCCUUCUCAACACGCAUCCUCAGCUUUCUUCCCUCCUUCGCACAUGGGUGGCUACCCGGCUGGUCCGGCAAACCACCUUGGCUUCCCCUCUCAGCCUGGCCCGUCUUACCAACAAGGUCCGCCGUUCCAGCCUCAGCCAGGAUACGGCGGCACAUGGGGACCCGACUACCAGGCGAUGGCGGCCGCGCAAAACCCGUACUACGCCGCCGCGACCGGCCAACUCGGACUCGACCCGUCCAAAGCGCCUGGUCUCGCACCUGGUCCUCCGGCAGGCCCGUAUGGCGGAAAUCUCCAUCGCGGCGUCUCGAGCGUCUCGUCACUCGGUGUACCACCGCAGGGCUCGACGAACUCGCUCGCGCGGUCGCAGUCGUCGCUUCAGAUUCCUGGCGGAACGAUGCGGCGGAACCCGACUUCAGCCUCGACCGGUACAGCGGGCUCGUCGAGCUCAUCCGGUCCGCCGAUCACGAAGGCAUCUGUCGACGAGUAUCGCCAGCGGAUCAAGGCGGAUCCGGACCCCGAGGCGCAGUUCAACUUUGCCAAGUACCUCAUCGAGGCGGCCAAGCGGCUCAAUUCGGGCGCCAACGCCGACGACAAGGCGGCAAAGAAGUACCGCGAUGCGCUCGUCGCCGAAUCGCUCAAGCUCAUCAAGCGGCUCGCGACGCAGGGGAGCGGGCUCGGCAAGCCCGCCUAUGCGGACGCGCAGUUCUUCCUUGCGAACUGCCUUGGGAAUGGCUCGCUCGGCUUGCAGAUUGACCACGAGAAGGCGUACAACCUCUACGUCCAGGCGUCCAAGCAGAACCACUCGGCCGCGACCUACCGAACGGCCGUCUGCAACGAGCUCGGCGCCGGCACGCGGAAGGACUACGCUCGCGCAGUACUGUUCUACCGCAAGGCGUCGGCGUUGGGCGACACGGCGGGCAUGUACAAGCUCGGGAUGAUCCUCCUGCACGGCUUGCUCGGGCAGCAACGGAACCCGAAGGAGGGCCUCGCGUGGCUCAAGCGUGCAGCGUCGCAGGCGGACGAGGAGACGCCGCACGCCUUGCACGAGCUCGGCACGUUAUACGAGAAGCCUCCGCCUUUGCUCUCGGCCGCGACACUCGGCGGCAAAGCUGCUGCCGCUCAGCUCCAGCAACAACAAGCUAGCGGGCAAGGCGUCCCGACUCUCGUCCCUUACGACCCAGCACAAGCGCGCGAACUCUUCACUCAGGCCGCGCAACUCGGCUACCCGCUCUCGCAGUUCAAGCUCGGGUCGUGCUACGAGUUCGGCAACCUAACCUGCCCCGUCGACCCUCGGCGGUCGAUUGCGUGGUACACCCGCGCAGCGGAGCGAGGGAACCCGGAUGCGGAGCUCGCGCUGAGCGGAUGGUACUUGACCGGCAGCGAGGGCGUCCUCAAGCAGAGCGACAGCGAGGCGUACCUCUGGGCGCGGCGGGCGGCGAACAAGGGCCUGCCGAAGGCUGAGUACGCCGUUGGCUAUUACUCGGAGGUCGGUAUCGGCGUCAAGGCGGAUCUCGAGGAGGCGAAGCGGUGGUACAUGCGUGCGGCUGCUCAAGGCAACAAGCGCGCGAUGCAACGCCUUACCGAGCUGAAGAAGCUCGGAGCCGACAAGCGAGGUGCGGCUGGCGGCAAGAAGCGCCCGACUCGCAAGGACGCCGAGACGGAGUGCGUCGUAAUGUAA